CGGCCUGGAGGAGAGGGCCGGCGCUGUGAGGAGGCGGUGGCGUGUCUGUGGUGCCCGGGAUACGGAGUGCUUCCACCCCCGUAGGGGCCUGCGAGCCCCCUGGAGCCAGGCUGGGAUGGCAGAGCCCGGCCGGGAGCUUGCCAGGCAGGGAGCCGCCGUCCUGCCCGAGCCGUGCUGCCUUGGCACCGCCGCAGCGAGCCUGAUGGAAGUGCUGAGAUCUUUGGUGGCUUUAACUGACCCUCAGGAGGGGAAGCUGGUUCAGUCUCAAGAGAAAGCAUUAAAGUCGCUGGGCGUUUGGCAGACCGUAUUUGCAGCCAUUCCAUCAAAGCCCUCGGUGGAGCGAUAGCCCCAAGAUGGGAGAUCAGGAUGCUGGUGAACCCUUCCUGGGCAUAGUGGCUGGGGCCACUGACUACGAAGGAGCUCUGCCAUCUGACACAGUGUCGCUCAGCGAUUCGGAUUCUGAUGAUUUGGGGCUAGAUGAAGCAGAAGUCGAUACAGUAUCUCCUGAGGAGCCACCUAUAGAGGAUGGGGAUUACGGAUCAGGGGACACCCCUGACCCUUCAGACGGCAGUCACAGAUCUCCUGUCCAGCCGUUCCAUCUGAGGGGCAUGAGUUCUACAUUCUCACUCCGUAGCCAGAGCAUUUUUGAUUGUCUGGAAGAGGCAGCCAAAUUGUCUGUGCCCUCAAUGUCUGAAGAUAAUGUUGUUGACGGGAGGUUUAAACGUCCUUUACCUCCAACUACUGUGUCAAGUAAUGUGGUUCCAGAAAGCCCUGGAAAGUCAACCAGACCAGUGCAGGCUCCCAAAGUCUCUCCAGUGGUGCCUGACUAUGUGGCACACCCAGAGCGCUGGACCAAAUACAGUCUAGAUGGAGUUUCAGAGUCUAGUGAUAAGACUAACAGGACAGUGGCUAUGGAAUUUCUAGAGAGCCUGAAGAAAAGAGGAGAGGAACAAAGCUCAGCUGCCCAAGAUAGUUACACCCCAUACUUCAAUCAGGAUCCCUCCAGCUGUGGAGCUGGGAGGAUUGUAUUUACCAAACCAGCAAAAAGGGGUGUUGAUGGACUAGAAAAGAAAAUAGGAGCAGGGGAGGGAGAUAAGAAACACGCAAAAACAGGUCUGAAAGGAAAAUCUCUGAAGACUGAUAACUUGAGGGACGACGAUAAGGUUGAGAGGGGGCACUUAGAUGGUGGAAGCAGAAAGGCAGCAGAGGAGGAGGGGUGCCUGAUGGUGGGGGACCUGAACACAGAAGGUAAGCUUAGUGCAAGGUUUAGUGGUGCAGCUGAAGAGCCUUUGGUAGAAAAAGUUGGAUUCCAUUGCAGUAAGAAGAGGAAUAGGAAAAAUUUCCGACCCAAAGUAGAUGAUGAAGGGGAGGAGGAAGAGUCCUGAAUGAUGGAACAAAUUGGAAACAUCCAAGAAGUUGUAUUGUCUUUGGAUAUGCUUGCUGUUUUUUCUUCUCUACCUAUAUAUGUAUGUAUGUAUGUAUGUAUAUAUAGGUAGAGAAGAAUAUAUAUAUAUAUAUAUAUGUAUAUGUAUCUUUUUUUGGGUCAGGAACCCAUGUUACGGUGUUUUGUCUAACAGUUUGCAUCAUAGCCACCCGGGACAUUUUAUAUUGUUAGAAAUUAAGCUACCAAAAGUGUGUUACAGACUUUUUGUUAGUGAGAAGUCUGUGGGCACAGGAUCAUUGCACCCUAGCAGAAACAACUGUGCUUUGUUUGCCCUGGGGUUUGCUCUGGAGCUGAAGUUAUCAUGAAAGAACUGUUAGCUAAAAUGCUGCAAGGCAUCUUAUUUACUCCCAAGAUUUCAAGCUGUUCCCAAAUCCUGUAGAAUCCUGGAACAAAGGUGAUGAGCUCCUCAUGUAGAGAUUUAAACAACAAAAAUAAAACCCAGUCUUCCACUAGAUUUGAUUUCUCCCAGUCUGUGCUGAAGAGGGAAACUUUUUAAAAAUAUACCCAUCAUUGCUAUUGAGAGUGAAAGCACAACAUGCCCAUUUGUGAGUUUGGAGGGCCCAGGUGGCAAUUGGCAAACAAAGUAUUUUUAAGGUGGUCUUAAUAUUUAACUGCAUUGGUACAUUGGAAAAAAAAAAAAAAAACCUGCCAUGUCUCCUGCAGACAGGUACAACUUGGAAACAUCCCAGUGAAGACACACUCUGGACAGCUUCAGUUGUUAGUUAGGCAACCUCUUUUCCUCUUAGUGGUAUGAUGUGAUGUGAUGAUUUUUGGCCUGCAUAUCUGUUUAUCUUUUCCAGGUGGCACUGGUUCCACAUUUGUUCGUGUGGAUUUGAUGGGAAUCGGGUAUUUGUACCAGAACUGUAUACUUUUUUUAUUCUUUGGGAUUCAAUAAACUUUUGGUUGUA